AUAUGUAUAUUUAUUGUUGAGAUGGUUGUUUAUUGAGCCUCACAAAACAAGAAACAUGUCUUCAACUUUUACGGUUUCCUUUUGGUUGAGAAUUUAUAAAGUAUGAAGUUUCUUAUUUGUAUAUUGUAAGAGAGCUCUUUAUCUUUCUCUUUCUUUUUAAUAUAAUUUAUAUGCGAUGUCAGCUUUUCUUUCGGAUAUGAAGGCAUGUGAUAAAGUAAGUAUAUGCAUGAACCGUAUCAUGAUACUAAAAAUGUUUUUUUUUUCAAAUUUAAUUUUCUUUUCUCAAACACUUUUGAAGACAUUUGUCAUUGAUAUUUUCUCUAAUAGUUAUAUAAAAGAUUGAGAUGAUUUGAGUUACUAAAUAUAUGCAUAUUACAAAUGAUCUUCACCUAUCUAUAUAAAAGUUAGGUAAAUAUGCUAGUUUAUGAAAAUGAUGUUAAAUUAAGCUUUAAAAUUUAUAUACGAAAGGUUGGGUGGAACUACCUAAUAAGAUAAGGGACAAAAGGCAUUAGACCGUUGGAGAGAAUUAUUGACAUUAUUUUAAGGUGUGUUUAGAAGUUUUUGUCAAUAAUUGAUAUAUUCUUGAGAGUUACUUGAAACCCUACUCCUUUUUCUUCGACUGUAUUAAUUACUAUUGCUCAUAAUAAUAGUUAUUAAUUUUAUGACGUCGAAGGAAAAAUAUAUUCUUUACAGGAAAUGUGUAAACUAUAGUCUAUAGCAUUCUAGCUAUCGACUAAAGCAGCUUACAAAAAGAAGAGACAUCUUAUUCUUUAUCUGAUGAUAACAAAAUAUUAGACGUAUCAUAAGCAUUUACCAGUUUAGCUAUUCAUUAUUCAGGUUUAGUCUAUUCCAUUUGACGUUGGUGGUUUUACACUCAUUUUUCAUAUAAAUUUGUUUAUUACAGCAACAAUAAAUUUUUCUUUGUUAUUAGUGGUAAAUUGUAUACCAAAUGAGGUGAUGUAAAUUGUAUAUUAUCAAGUAUUCUUAUAAAUAACGUAUCUUAUAUUCAUUUUUUGACCUAGUUGGGAAAAUAAUUAGCAAAUGAAGAAAAUUCAACUCAAACGACCAUGUCUGGAUCCUUUUAACUCAGGUGCUGCAACUAGAAAAUAUCUUUGUCCUAGCACCAUUAUAUUAGUUUUUAACUGCAAACAAUUUAAAAGGAAUAUUUUGAUAUUUCUUCAUUUUAUCAUACCAUUUUUAACAACACAGAAAAUACAAAUAAUUUGAUAGCUAAUUUAAAUGUGAAAAUUCACGAAACAGACUGUGACAUAGAAAUAUUCUGCUAUAUAUAUAUAUAUAUAUAUAUAUAUAUAUAUACUUUUAGUCUUAUUGAAAACUAAAUAAAUAUUGCCUAGUGAAUGGCUUAUUACAUAUGGCCAUAUGGGUUAUGACUUAUGAGUGAAAGAGUGAGCGAGUGAUGAGUGUAUAUAAAACGACGACACCUCAUAACUUCUUCCACUCCAUGGCUUUUGUUCCCAUAUUGCACUCUGCAUUAUCAUCUUCAUCUCUCUACUUUCUCACCUCCAAUGGUGAACAUGAAAUUGCACUUCCUCUUCAGCUGUGACUGAGAUUAUCAAAUUCUCAUGGAUCAACAAAACAUCUUCUCUUAAUCAUCCUCCGUUCACUCUAAUAUCACUUUUCAUUUCAUUCUACGUACGUACAUAAACACCACUUAUAAAUAAUAUAUCAAUGGAGGAAGAACGUCGAGUUCUCUUCGGAAAGUACGAGAUGGGGAGGCUUUUAGGCAAAGGAACGUUCGCGAAGGUCUACUACGGCAAAGAGAUCACCAGCGGCGAGAGCGUCGCCAUCAAAGUCAUCAACAAGGACCACGUACUGAAACGACAAGGCAUGAUGGAACAAAUCAAACGCGAGAUCUCCAUCAUGAAGCUCGUUCGCCACCCAAACAUCGUCGAGCUAAAAGAAGUCAUGGCCACCAAGACCAAGAUCUUCUUCGUCAUGGAGUUCGUUAGAGGCGGCGAGCUUUUCGACAAAAUCUCCAAAGAAGGCAAGCUCCACGAGGACGCGGCUCGUAGAUAUUUCCAUCAGCUAAUCUCAGCCGUUGAUUUUUGUCAUAGUAGAGGCGUCUCUCAUCGCGAUUUAAAACCUGAGAAUCUCCUCCUCGACGAGAACGGAGAUCUGAAGAUCUCCGAUUUCGGAUUAUCCUCGCUCCCGGAGCAGAUCCUCCACGACGGACUGCUCCACACGCAGUGCGGGACGCCGGCCUACGUGGCGCCGGAGGUGCUCCGGAAGAAGGGGUACGACGGCGCGAAGGCGGAUAUAUGGUCGUGCGGCGUCGUUUUGUACGCGCUUCUCGCCGGAUGCUUGCCGUUUCGCGAAGAGAAUCUGAUGAACAUGUACCGGAAGAUAUUCAGAGCGGACUUCGAGUUCCCGCCGUGGUUUUCGCCGGAGUCGAGGAGGCUCGUCUCCAACCUCCUCGUCGUGGAUCCCGAUCGGCGGAUCUCGGUGGCGGAGAUCAUGCGAACGCCGUGGCUCAGGGAAAGCUUUAAUCCGCCGUUAUUAGCUUUCGACGGAGAGGCUCGCGAUCGGGAAGAGACGGAGGCGGUUUCGCCGAAGUUCUUCAACGCCUUCGAGUUCAUCUCGUCGAUGUCGUCGGGGUUCGAUCUGUCGAGCUUGUUCCAGAGCGAGAGGAAGGUUCAGUCGGUGUUCACGUCGCGGUCCUCGGCGGCGGAGAUUAUGGAGAAGAUCGAGACGGUUACGAAGGAGAUGGACAUGAAUGUGAAGACGGCGAAGGAUUUCAGAGUGAAGAUUGAGGGGAAAGCGGAAGGGAGGAAAGGACGGCUGUCGAUGACGGCGGAAGUGUUCGAAGUGGCGCCGGAGAUGUCAGUGGUGGAGUUCUGCAAAUCGGCGGGAGAUACUCUUGAGUACAAUAGGUUUUACGAAGAAGUUAGGCCUGCGUUAAACGACAUCGUUUGGUCAUGGCACGGCGAUAAUACCGCGGUUAAUCAAAUACCCGAUGGUCAUGGCACGGUUUAACAAGAGUUUUGGUUUUGAGUGCACCGGUUUACCGGUUAAUGUAUUGUAUUUGUAGCAUAAGAACUGUUACAUUGAACCUAAAUAUUGUUUGGUUUGAUAUAAUUAAGCUUUAAUGGCUAGCAUUUUUAAAAUUAUGAAAAAUCUAUAUGAAAAUAUACAGCAUGAUUUAUUAA